UUCUUUCUCUUGAUCUUUUUUUCCCACACCACUUUCUCUCUCUGCUUUCUGUGCCUACUCUCCUUUUGUCAAUCUCUUUUCAACGUCAACUUCUCUUCUAAAGCAUGUGGGCGUUCAAGGUCAUCGGUGUAAAAUGAAUGUGAUUUUCGAUUAAAGAGCAGAGAGGCUGUUGGGAGUUUGGUGACGUGAAUGGAAACUGUUGCCUUUCAGAUUUUCACAGCAGCAAUCAGCAGCUCACACCUACCCUGCAUUACCAUGCCUCUAUUGAGAGAUCUUCGGAAAAAAGAUGACAUCAAUGCUGUUUAUGAGCUGAAAGAGAAACUGGGAGAGGGCUCGUUCUCUGAGGUUCGAGUGGCUCAGCACAGAUGCACCCAGAAGCUUGUGGCUGUCAAGUGCAUCCGCAAGAGAGCGCUAAAGGGGAAAGAACCCAUGCUGGAGAAUGAGAUUGCAGUAUUACGCAGAAUAAAUCAUGAAAAUAUUGUGUCUUUGGAGGAAACCUUCGAAACUCCUACUAAACUGUAUUUGGUAAUGACACUGUUGACAGGAGGAGAACUACUGGACAGGAUUCUGGAGAGAGGCAGUUACACAGAGAAAGAUGCCAGUCGGGUCAUAUCUCAGGUUCUGCAGGCAGUGAAGUAUCUACACCAGCUGGGUGUUGUUCAUCGAGACCUAAAGCCAGAGAAUUUAUUGUAUGAGACUCCAUUAGAAGACUCCAAAAUUGUCAUCAGUGACUUUGGUCUGUCUAAAAUGGAAGAGCAGGGGACUCUUUCCACGGCCUGUGGGACACCUGCCUAUGUUGCUCCUGAACUUCUACAGCAGAAGACUUACGGUAAAGAGGUGGAUCUCUGGGCCAUUGGGGUGAUUACAUUCAUUCUACUCUGUGGCUAUCCUCCGUUCUACGAUGACAACGACACACAACUCUACAAGCUGAUCAUAAAGGCUGAAUAUGAAUUUGAUUCACCAUACUGGGAUGACAUCUCUUACUCCGCGAAAGACUUCAUAGUUCACUUACUGCAGAAGAAUCCAGUGAAGAGGUUCAAUUGUGACCAGGCCUUGCUGCAUCCUUGGAUAUCAGGAGGUGCAGCUCUGGACAAGAACAUCCACGGCUCAGUGUCAGCACAGAUUCAGAAAACCUUUGCCAAGAGUCACUGGAAGAGAGCCUUUAAUGCCACUAACAUCGUGCGUCAUUUAACGAAGAAAACCCACUCCGGGGAAGACGAUGAGGGGAAUCACUCCACAAGUAUAGGGACCAUCUGACAAUCCACUGGCAGUGAACAGAGGCUCUGUUAAAAAAAAAAAAAUCAACAAAUAUGAAAACUUUCAUUUACUCAACCUCAUAUUGUUCCAAACCCCAUGACUUGGUUUAUUUCCAAGACAAAAGGAGAGGGUUUAACAAAGAGCAGUGUGAACCAAGAAAGAAGUGA